AUGUGGCUCACCAAGGGCCUCCUCCUGCUGGCGCUUUACACCGCGCCCAGCAUCGCCGCCUCUAUUCUCCCAACCGCCGCUUCCUCCACCUUCCCGGCGUGCGGCCUGAGCUGCGCUGUCUUGACAGCAGCCCAGCAAAGCUGCGAGGGCAAUCCCGAGCAGUCCACCUGGGUCUCCUGCUUCUGCACGUCGAGCUUGCUGCAGAACUUCAAAUCCUCCGGCGCCGCCUGUAACACUUGCAGCAGCUCCGACCAGCAGCUUCUCUCGACCUGGUACACCGACUACUGUAACUCGGGCGGCCAAGUCGAUGAUGGAAGCAGCGGCGCCGUCGCCACUGCCACCUCCUCGUCAGGUGCAACCGCGACGUCGGCCGCGGCGGCCUCCGCUUCGCCGUCGGGCCAGGCCACACCAACCUGGUGGAGCACCCACUAUCGCUGGGUGAUCAUGUUGAUCGUCCUCGUCAUCGGCUUCAGCGCCAUAGCCGUCGGCGGCGUCUUCCUCAAGCGUCGUUACGACGCCAAACGACCCAAUCUAUACCACGGCGGCAACAACAACAGCAACAUGCUCUACGAUCGCAACUCGGGCGUGCUCAGUCCUGCGCCCGGCUCGAUCGGCCCUGGCGGCAGUAAUAUCUGGGGCGCGUCUCCGACCCCCGGACAGUCGCGGGGUGGCUCGCGCGCCGACAUACCCAUGGGCGCCACCGGUCCAAGUGGUCGUUCGCGUCUGCACAAGAUGUCCAUGUCCGACGAUGUGGAGAUCCGUGAGGUUCCGCGGUGA